AGAAUUUUAAAAUUUCAGUUUAGAUACUUGAGAUAAUCUAUUAUACGAUUUUAAGCAUUAUUACACAUCGAAUCACUAAACGAUUGCUAUCAUCAUUCUCACUAUUUCUUCGAAAUAUUUUUCAGAAGGGUCAAUUUAUAAUUUUGAAAAACUAUUAUUUUAUGAUCACUAAUAUGUUUCAAAAUAUAAGUGAAAGUGAUUUAUUAAAUAGUGUGUUGGGGCCAAGUGACUUGCGCUAUUAUACUAGAAAAUUCAGCAAUGCACAAUGCCACUAAUAUAUAUCUUGCAAACUUAAGCCUUUCCGAUUUGCUUUUACUUAUUAUAGGUUUACCCAGUGAAUUAAAUUUAUUUUGGCAACAAUAUCCAUGGAGUUUUGGACACAAAUUUUGUAAAAUUCGAGCAUUUUCUUCAGAAACGUGUUCGUACGUUUCAGUUUUGACGAUCGUGAUUUUGGCAACGGAAAGAUAUACAGCCGUUUGUGAACCAAUAAAGAAUCGGAUUGUGGCGAGAAAUCGUCGACAAAUAUAUGUUAUAAGUAUAUCUUGGAUGAUAUCUCUUUUGAGCGCAUUGCCUAUUGCUAUAUUUACUACUUUAUUUUAUAUCGAAUAUCCGCCAGGGUCUGGUCUUUAUUCUAAAAAUUCUUCUAUCUGUGCCAUGUUGACACCAUACAUGCCUAAAUACCCUCUGUAUGAACUCAGCAGCAUCAUUUUUUUCUUAAUACCAUUAUUUAUAAUUUCAUUGCUAUAUGUAAAGAUGGGACUUGCGAUUCAUCAAAGCGUUGCAGUUUGUAAUAAUUUGAAAAAAAGUUUUGCAAAAACUUCUCCCUCGCUUUCAGACGUUUCCCAAACAAUCAACAUGAAAAAAAUAAAUGCAGUUGCAUUGAUGUUCUUUUUCUGCUGGGCUCCGUUUCAUUUGCAACGGCUAUUAUAUGUGUAUGGACAAGAUGCAGAUUAUUAUCUAGAUAUAAAUGAAUGGUUAUAUUUAAUGAGUGGAUGCUUAUAUUAUUCAAGCACAAUUGUGAAUCCUUUGCUGUAUAAUUUUGUUUGUAAAAACUAUCGCACGUAUACUGAACCAUCGUUUAAUUCAGGCAACGAAAUGAAUAAAAGUGAAAAGAAAUCCGAGGAAGUUGUCUCGAAAGAUAAUUUAAGUCAACACGACAUUGUUGUUGCAGACGACAGAAACUACGUAUGUGACGUUUGCCAGGAGAUUGGAAGGCACAAAUUGGAGUCCGACUGA